ACUUUUUUCAUCAACAUUUCAAUGAAAGAGAGCGCACAAUACGGCCGUCUUUGCGCACAUGUGCCAUUCCCCCAAGAUAGGCAGGGGGUUUAAAAGGAGUGGUUUGCGCUGUCAUUGACCACAGAAUUUAUCCAGACGCCUCCCGGCAAACAUGACUACAAACUUUUCCCAGAACGCAGAGGAGAGCCCGGAGCCGCGCAAGGCAGAAGUCAAAGGGAACAUUCCCAGCUGGCUGCAAGGCACCCUGCUGCGCAAUGGCCCCGGCAUCUUUUCCGUGGGGGUCACCAGCUACGACCACUGGUUCGACGGGAUGGCGAUCAUGAAAAGCUUCGCCAUUAAAGACGGGGAAGUUACUUACAGGAGCAGAUUUUUAGAAAGUGACACCUACAAAGCCAACAUGGCUGCGAACAGGAUAGUUGUGUCUGAAAUGGGGACGAUGGCCUACCCGGACCCCAGCAAGAAUUUCAUUGUCAAAGCAAUUACCUUUCUCAACCACACAGUGCCCGACUUUACUGACAACGGCGCAAGCAACUUCAUUAAGUACGGAAAGGACUACUACGCCACGUCAGAGACCAACUACAUCCGCAAGAUCGAUCCCGUGACGCUGGAAACUCAGGACAAGGUGGACUACAUGAAGUACCUGCCGGUGAACUUGGCUUCGUCCCAUCCUCACUAUGACAAAGAGGGCAACGCCUACAACUUCGGGACUUCCAUAGCAGAGAAGGCCAAGACUAAAUACAUACUGUUCAAAGUCCCCGCUGUCUCAGAGACGGACAAGGACUCCCCGGCGCUGAAGAAAGUGGAGAUACUGUGCACGGUGCCGUGCCGCUCCCUGCUCACACCCAGCUACUACCACAGCUUCGGCCUUACGGAAAACUACUUCAUCUUCAUCGAGCAGCCUCUCAAACUGGACAUCCUCAAGAUGGCCACGGCGUACAUGAGGGGAGUCAACUGGGCCAGCUGCCUGAAGUUCUGCCCGGAGGAAAGCACUCUGAUCCACCUGAUAGACCGAAAGACCGGCAAGGUGGUGGACACAAAGUACUACACCGGAGCGAUGGUCGUCUACCAUCACGUGAACGCAUUUGAGGACGACGGUCACGUCAUCUUCGACGUCAUCGCCUACAAAGACAACAGCCUUUACGAUGCGUUCUACCUGAACAGAAUGAAGGAAAACCCCGGGUCGGAGGACGACGACGGCUACUCCAAACCAAGCUACAAACGAUUUGUGCUUCCGAUCCGUUCAGACAAGGGGGUGGCAGUUGGCGAAGACUUGGUAAAACUCAAGUACACAACUGCCAGUGCUGUGAAGGAGAAGGGAGGCAAACUCCUCUGCCAAGCAGAGGUUGUCUGUGAAGGCUUUGAAUUGCCACGACUGAAUUACGACUUCAAUGGCAAGAAGCAUCGCUUUGUCUACGGCUGCAGUGUGGAGAAGUGUGCUGUGGCGAAAGGGAUUGCCAAAUUGGACACCGAGACCAAGGAAAGGAUUUACUGGAGUGAAGACCACUGCUCGCCGUCCGAGCCGAUCUUCAUCCCCAGACCAAAUGGAGAGUCAGAAGAUGACGGCGUCGUCUUGGCAACGGUUAUAAACUAUAACCCGGGACAGUCUAGUUUCAUCUUGAUCCUCGACGGCAGAACGUUUGAAGAAGUUGCUCGCGCGUACGUGAACACGACGCUCAACCGGGAUAUGCACGGCUUUUUUAUCCCACUACAAAAUUAGUUCACUUUUUACACAAAAACGGUGAGUUGUGGCAGAGGAAUCUAUUUGAAAAGUCAAAAUUCUCUGCUGAAUAUUGUGUUUUGAGGAAAGCAGCAUUAUGAGGACCUGUAUGGUGCCAUUGACUACCUCUUCUCUUUAAAAUUAUUGCAUCAAACAAAUGGUCGAAAUUUUUUUUUCGUGGAUCAAAAUGUUGUUUUAAGCAUGUGUGUGUGUGUGUGUGUGUAUAUAUCCCUAUUUGGAAUUUAGUCCACAUUAUUUUAUUCUACUGCUAUGAAAUUGUAUUCAAACAUUUCUGAGACCUGCUCCCAUUUUACCGUUACGUAAGAUAAUGAGAAUAAAUAUAAUAUUAAAGAAGUUAACUCAAGUCUUUUCGUUACAGUGCAAAGCUUCUUUACUUCUUGGUACAUAAAGAUAACUUUUUGAACGACAA